AGAAGCACAGAGGCCCUAGCAGGAGGAAUCUACUCCACACCUGGUCGGAACAGAGGCACUGACUGUGACAGAGCCCAGAGAAGAAAGCUGGGGCGUGAGGGACACGGUUACCUGUUGCCUCAUUACUCAAAAGCCAUCCCCAAGCCACCGGAGGGAAAGACCUUUUCUGCUGAGUCUGUCUAGAGGCCACCAAGCCCUCACAGCUCAGCAGAACUGGAAAGAAAGUCAGUCGACACUGGGGGCAGUUCCCUGGAACCGCAUGGCUCCUCCUGGAGAACUCUGGGCCUGAGGAGGCCUUGGAGGGGAGGCAUCCAGAAAAGAACCAUGAAAAGGAGGAAGCUGUGAUUUCAACGAGCUGAAGCGGACUGCAUUCUCUGCGGCCCGGUGCUGGCUGUGACUCUGUGGGAGAAGCCUGGGCUAUUUCUGCUUUGGAAAUCUGGUGGGGAACAUUGAAGAGUUCCAGCUCACCGGGGCUGGCAGCUGCUCAGAUGCUGGAUGACCGAACCAGGAUGGAGGCCACCAAGAAGGAAAAGGUAGAGCAGAUCCUGGCAGAGUUCCAGCUGCGGGAGGAAGACCUGAAGAAGGUGAUGAGGCGGAUGCAGAAGGAGAUGGACCGUGGCCUGAGGCUGGAGACCCACGAGGAGGCCAGUGUAAAGAUGUUGCCCACCUACGUGCGUUCCACCCCAGAAGGCUCAGAAGUUGGAGACUUUCUCUCCUUAGACCUGGGAGGAACCAACUUCAGGGUGAUGCUGGUGAAGGUGGGCGAGGGGGACGCAGGGCAGUGGAGUGUGAAGACCAAACACCAGAUGUACUCCAUCCCCGAGGACGCCAUGACGGGCACCGCAGAGAUGCUCUUUGACUACAUCUCUGAGUGCAUCUCUGACUUUCUGGAUAAGCAUCAGAUGAAGCACAAGAAACUACCCCUGGGCUUCACUUUCUCCUUCCCUGUAAGACAUGAAGACAUAGACAAGGGCAUCCUCCUCAACUGGACCAAGGGCUUCAAGGCGUCCGGAGCAGAAGGGAACAACAUUGUGGGACUUCUCCGGGAUGCCAUCAAGAGGAGAGGGGACUUUGAGAUGGACGUGGUAGCAAUGGUGAACGACACAGUAGCCACGAUGAUCUCCUGCUACUAUGAAGACCGCCAGUGCGAGGUCGGCAUGAUUGUGGGUACUGGCUGCAAUGCCUGCUACAUGGAGGAGAUGCAGAAUGUGGAGCUGGUAGAAGGGGAUGAGGGACGCAUGUGCGUGAACACUGAGUGGGGCGCCUUCGGGGACUCAGGCGAGCUGGAUGAGUUCCUGCUGGAGUACGACCGAAUGGUGGAUGAAAGCUCAGUGAACCCCGGUCAGCAACUGUACGAAAAGCUCAUUGGUGGAAAGUACAUGGGUGAGCUGGUACGACUUGUGCUGCUCAAGCUGGUGGAUGAGAAUCUUCUGUUCCACGGAGAAGCCUCGGAGCAGCUGCGCACACGUGGUGCCUUCGAGACCCGUUUUGUGUCGCAGGUGGAGAGCGACUCGGGCGACCGCAAGCAGAUCCACAACAUCCUCAGCACUCUGGGGCUUCGGCCCUCGGUCACCGACUGCGACAUUGUGCGCCGAGCCUGUGAGAGCGUGUCCACGCGCGCCGCCCACAUGUGCUCAGCGGGACUAGCGGGGGUCAUAAAUCGCAUGCGCGAAAGCCGCAGUGAGGACGUGAUGCGCAUCACCGUGGGCGUGGAUGGCUCCGUGUACAAGUUGCACCCUAGCUUCAAGGAGCGGUUCCACACCAGUGUGCGCAGGCUGACACCCAACUGCGAAAUCACCUUCAUCGAAUCUGAGGAGGGCAGCGGCAGGGGAGCGGCGCUGGUCUCUGCAGUGGCCUGCAAGAAGGCCUGUAUGCUGGGCCAGUGAAAGCUAGGCCACAGG